AUGUUAUGUACAUUAAUAAGUAGUAUAGAAAUAAAUGUAAAAGAAUUAAGCAAUCUUGAUGAUGUAAUAAAUAAUCAUGAUAAUAAUGAUUCUGAUCCUGAUCAUGAUGAUGAUCCCGAUCAUGAUCAUGAUGUAAUGAAUAAUGGUAUCAAUGAUAUAAUAAAAGUAUUAGAAACUGUAAAUAAUCUAUCUAUUCAAGAAUAUACAUCUAUGAAUGAUCAUGUUUCUAAUAAAGAAAAUACUAUGGAAUUGAUACGUUAUCCACGUUCAAUUUCAUUAAAUUCAACGACAGAUUUCAAUACUGAAUAUCAAAAUAUACCAUGUUAUUUUCAAUGUAUUUUAAGAUCAAAUAAAAAUAAUCAAGAAAUUAGAAAAUUUCUAAAACAAUAUUUCAUGUAUCUCAUCAAAAAAUUGCUAUAUUAG